AUGGUUCAAUUUCCGCUGGCAGUCCAGCUGCUGUUUGCGGCAUUCUCCGUCGCUGCUUUCACGCCAGAACGUAUCCCGGGUGCUUAUAUGAUUGAAUUCGAGGAUUCUCAAGACCUAUCAAGCUUGGAGAGCCUUGUUGAAACAAAUGGCUACGUGCGGAGAAGAUUUGAUAGUCAAGUUUUUAAAGGAUUAUCCGUCCAACUCAAUGACGUUGAAAAUGCAGAGGAAUCAAUUAAAAUACUGUCGACGGCUACUGCAGCAAAGAAAAUAUGGCCCAUUUCAUUGCACAGUAUGCCAAAUGUCACGAUCCACUGGAUUGGAAAUGAUACUGAGAGCUUUGAGGCGCGGUCUCUCAAUAACCAAACCUCGAAGCCAUAUACCCCUCACGCGAUGACCCAAGUGGACAAAAUCCGGGCUAAAGGCUAUACUGGUAAAGGCAUCAAGGUAGCUGUCAUAGAUACUGGGGUUGAUUACAUGCAUCCAGCUUUGGGGGGAUGCUUUGGCGACGGUUGCUUGGUGUCUAGUGGCCACGAUUUUGUUGGUGACAAUUACAGUGGUCGAAAUGAUCCAGUUCCUGACGAUGACCCUAUGGAUUGUGAUGGCCAUGGCACACAUGUGUCUGGAAUAAUCGCGGCACAGAAUAACACCAUGGGGUUUACAGGAGCUGCUCCUGGGGUUAACCUUGCGUCCUAUCGUGUCUUCGGCUGCUAUGGCUCUGUGACAGAUGAUAUUCUUGUUGCGGCUUUCACUCGCGCGUAUGAAGAUGGAGCUGAUGUCAUCAGUCUGUCACUAGGAAGUCCAAUUGGCUGGUCGGAACACCCUUGGUCUGCCGUCAUCUCUCGUAUUGCUGAAGCUGGCGUUGCUUCCGUCGUCGCGGCUGGGAAUGACGGUGCCGCCGGUGCCUUUUACCACAGCAGUCCGGCCGACGGCAAGAAUGUCGCAGCUAUCUCGGCCAUUGAGAACAUAGUGACCCCUGUAUUCAUGCGGUUAUCAAACUACACUGUGGAUGGAAAACCCAAUGACUUGCUUUAUAGCGUCACCUAUCGGACACCGUUAGAGGGCUCGCUACCGCUCUGGGCUCCAGCACUACAUUCAAAUGCCACUGCUGACGCCUGUGAGACUCUGCCAGACGAAAUUCCCGACCUCAGUCAGUAUAUGGUUCUAGUGAGAGCUGGAGGAUGCACAUACGGGCAACAAUCGACCAAUCUCCUUGCAAAAGGCGCCACUUCGAUUGCUCUAUACUACAACGACGCCGGUAUCCCUGUAGUCCCUACAGACUUAGUAUGGAGUGUCAAUACCAACAUAGUCGUCCAAUCAACCACUGGCAAGGCUUGGGUUGAUGCUCUCAAAGCUGGAAAAAAAGUGGUGGUUAAUCUUCCAAACUCAGAGAAGCAAGUCAACACCCUCGUCGAAAUCGAAAACAGCCAGGGAGGAGGUGCGGUAACAACCUUCUCAAGCUGGGGUCCUACCUGGGAAAUGGACACAAAGCCGACAUUUGGAGCUCCUGGAGGCAAAAUUCUUUCCACUUAUCCUCUUCGGCGGGGCGCAUACGCAGUGUUCUCCGGAACCUCGAUGAGUACGCCUAUGACUUCGGCAAUCUACGCCCUGCUCAAUGAGGUUCGUGGCAAAAUGAAGCCUGAAGCUAUCAAGAAUCUCCUAUCAUCUACUGCCAAACCUCAGCUCUUCCAUGACGGGACUCAGUUCCACUCUUUUCUUGCCCCAGUUGCUCAGCAGGGUGCGGGAUUGAUUCAGGCGUAUGAUGCUGCUUUCACUACUACACUAUUGGAGCCAUCUAACCUGUCUUUCAAUGACACGGAUUUCAUGCCAAAGUCGCUGAAUUUCACUCUCAAGAAUGAGGGCCAAAGUGAAAUUAGCUAUGAUCUGUCAUAUGUCUCAUCAAGGACUGUUCUGACUCUUGACGAGUCUGGAAAGGCGGCUGCGUUCCCUAACGAGAUGGUAGAAUCAGCAGCAUCACUUCAAUUCAGCCCCUCUCAAGUGACUAUCAAGCCAGGGGAGUCUGCUACUGUCGAUGUCUCCGCGACGAUCCCCGAAAUCGAUGGCAGUCGUCUUCCGCUUUGGUCAGGAUGGGUCACGAUCAACGGCACAGAUGGGACUUCCUUGUCCUUGCCAUAUCAAGGACUGGCGGCAUCACUACACAAUUCUACCGUCUUGAACACGCAGACAGGCACAUGGAUCAGCAGAUUCAAUGUGGCGAGCUACGGGCCGCUACCAAACCAUACAAAUUUCAAUCUGCCGCCGAAAGGAACAGAGGACUUGUCUUCAGAUGGCGCCAACGUGCCGCUACUUAUCACCAAUUACAUUCUUGGCACGCGUCUUGUCCACGCUGAACUUGUCCCGUUCAGCAACGGAACACAGUUGAAUGAAUCUAUUGGCGAGCAUAGCGGGUUCCCAACGGUAUGGAUGUCGCGUGGGAGACAUAUUAUUGAUUGGGGUGGUAAGCUGGACAAUGGAGAAUACGCUGCACCUGGUAGUUACCGGUUCAAGGUCAAAGCACUGAAAUUAAGAGGCGAUGAAGGGACGGAGGGCGAUUGGGACAUUGGUUGGACCCAGCCUUUUUCCAUCACAUAUCAAUCUUGA